AUGAUGGCAUUCAAUUCGGCCUUCAAUCCGGCACAGCUUCUCACCCAAGCCGCCGGCCAGCCGUUGAAACCCGACGGUUGUAUGGAGGUGAACGCGGACGCGCUACGAUUUCUCGCCGCUGGCAAUCCGCUUUUCGGUGGCCAGUUCCCGUUUGGGGCCGGUGCCGGUGUUCCAGGUGUCGGCCCAGCAGACGCAUUCCGUGCCAUGGCCGCUCAGGCCGGUCUACCGUUUCCGGUCAUGUAUCCCGGAAUGCAGCCGGAUGUCAAACCGGAAAUGAUGUCCGUUGGUGGAGGACCGAUUCCUAGUUUUGUGUUUGACGUGAUGAAUCCCUAUCAUCCAUACGCGGCCGGUCUUGAUGGGGCUCGGCGGAAGAACGCCACACGUGAAACGACGGCUCCGUUGAAAGCUUGGCUGACCGAUCAUCGCAAAAAUCCGUAUCCGACCAAAGGCGAAAAGGUCAUGCUAGCCGUGAUGACGAAGAUGACGCUCACACAGGUGUCCACUUGGUUCGCAAAUGCUCGACGACGUCUGAAGAAGGAGAACAAGAUGACCUGGUCGCCACAGAAUCGCCGUGGUGACGAUCCUGAUGAUGACGAUUUGGCCGAUAUCGAUGCCAUCAGCGGAAUCGACGGCAUUGACCGACCGUCCAGCUCCAUGUCCGACAUGUCCGAGAAAAAAGACGGUGGGUGUUGCUUUCGGAUCGUAAAAAGAGAUUUUUCCGCUAAACAUGACCCUGAAAUUGCCUAG